AUGUACGUAACAGUAGGUGAAAACGACAUCCUCCUAACGGUGAACGAUUAUGUUAACAAGGAGACAUCGACAUAUCAGAUAAGUGACAUAAACAAUGAAAUGAGAAUAAGUGAAAUAAUUAACAAAAUUAAAGCAAAAAAAAAUUACACAUAUGACAAUACCUCCUUAGUACUAUACUUUGCAAGAGUAGAAUGCAAAUUGGACGAGAAGCUUUCCACUUACAAUAAAUCAAACAGAAAAACUGUAAAACUGGAGUUAUAUUUGGCCAAUUUAAUUACCAUUCAUGUGAGAACAUUACAAUCCUGUGGGUCCGGAACUAGCCGGUGUAUUCCCUUUUGGUCCUUCUGCUUCAGACAAACAAUUAAAAUAAAAAUAAUCGACACAUGUGAAGUGCGCGUGUUGAAGCAGAGAAUAUAUAACCUUACCGAUGAGUCCUCUUCCAUCCCGGUGGAUAAUAUCGUCCUGCUGUACAAGGGCGCGCCACUGAAUAACUUCCUGACGCUGAAGGAAUCCGAGCUGGUGGAUAACUCCCGAGUCGACUACUUCGUGCCCAUGUGCUACGUUUACAAAGAGAAAAAGGCGGGGCAGGAAGACUCAGACGACGACGACGAUGAUGCGAAUGCCCAUAGUAGCGCCAUGGUGAAGAACGCGCCAGGGAAAAGCAAUACUGGCGCGAUGAGCGCGAGUGUUUCGAAGAGCGCAAGUGUAAUCAAGAGCCAGAGCAGCGUGAAGGAACCCACUCCGAAGAAGGAACCUACUCCGAAGAAAGCACCUACUCCGACCAAGGAACCUACUGCAAAGAGAGUGCCUACUAUGACCAAGGAACCUACUCCAAAGAAAGCACCUACUCCGACCAAGGAACCUACUCCAAAGAGGGGAAACGCACCAAGAAGGGAAAACACUGCCAAAAGUUUCAAUUCAGAAAAAAGACAAUAUUACAAAUCGGGCACGCAAAAAAUGAACAGCAGAGGAACAUAA